AUGGCGAGCGGUCAACAUACCCAGCAGGGCGAUUUGCCUUCCGAGGUACUCCAAGCACUAUCCAAAAAUGAACCCCUCCUGUCCUCCGACGCCUUUCCUUCACAAAAAUCGGCGGAUGUCAAGAGUGCAUUAGACAGGCUGGCAUCGCGUUCUAUGGUGACAUACGAGACAAUUGAUAGAGAAGAAGCUAUUUUAGAGCCGGAAGCAGUCGAGAUUGAGGCCAAUGGAAGUCAUGAAGCUCGAGUUUUCGAGGCAGUGCGACAGGCUGUUGCAGGUCUCACUGUUUCGGAACUUGAGGCCGCUGUUGGAGACCGGAAUGUUGUGAAGGUUGGACAAGGCAAGGCUUUCAAGUCAAAGUGGAUUACGAAGGGCGAGGGCGGACGUUUCGUUACAUCUACCGACUCAAUACAAGACACAACCCGCGAGCAGCUUCAAAUUAUACAACAGACGCGCACACAUCCUGAACCGAAGGUUAUCACAGACUUGAAGAAGCGGAAGCUCAUCAAGAUGCAAAAGGUCAUUGCGUAUAAGAUUCACAAGGGUCCCAAGUUUGCGCUUGAGAUCCUCAAAGAGGAGACCGAUCUGACUGCUGAUAUGCUUGCGUCUGGUGCAUGGAAAACCGCCGCUUUCAAGCCAUACAACUUCAAGUCUCUCGGGGCAGAUCAAAAUGCUGGAGCACUUCAUCCCUUGAACAAAGUCCGGCACGAGUUCCGUCAGAUAUUCUUUGAGAUGGGUUUCGAAGAGAUGCCAACCAAUCGCUAUGUUGAGACCGGGUUCUGGAACUUUGACGCCCUAUUUGUCCCACAGCAACAUCCUGCGCGCGAUCUGCAAGAUACCUUCUACAUUUCAGAUCCAAAGGUCGCAAACAAGCCACAUGCGGAGACGGAAUAUGACAAGGCUGACUAUGAAGCAUACUGGAAGAACGUUCAAGAGGUUCACCAGGAUGGCAAAUACGGUUCCAUUGGUUAUAGAUAUCCAUGGGCCGAAGACGAGUCUCUCCGCUUGGUUCUAAGAACUCACACGACGGCUAUCUCAACUGCGAUGCUUCACAAAUUAGCUUCACAGAAGGGCCCUGAUGGAAGACCACCCCCAGCUCGAUACUUUUCAAUUGAUCGCGUCUUCCGCAAUGAGACAGUUGAUGCCACCCAUCUUGCGGAGUUCCAUCAAGUCGAAGGUGUCAUUGCUGAUUACGGCCUCUCUCUUGGGGGACUCAUGGAAUUCAUGGAGAUCUUCUUCAACAAAAUGGGAAUCGAAGAUCUUCGUUUCAAGCCAGCGUACAACCCAUACACCGAGCCAAGUAUGGAAAUCUUUAGCUUCCACAAGGGGCUGAACAAAUUGGUAGAAAUUGGCAACAGUGGUAUGUUCAGACCAGAAAUGUUGGAGGCGAUGGGGCUGCCGAAAGAUAUGCGGGUUUUCGGCUGGGGACUCUCCCUGGAGCGGCCAACUAUGAUCAAGUACAAGGUGAACAACAUUCGAGAAUUGCUUGGACACAAAGUAGAUUUGUCCUUCAUCGAGCGCAAUCCUGCCGUCAGGCUAGAGAAGACAUAGAUUAUGGGAGGUCACCAUAUGAAGCGUUGCAGAAUCCCACAAAAAUACCCCACGGUCCCACGUUCCGAUUGGUGCCACACGUUGUGUCUAGUAUCUGCUUUUUCCGUACUCCGUAACUUGACGUGCGGAGAGUAUUACCAAGUGGGCAUGUGAAGAGUAUUUCCGCUUCCUCAAUGCUAGAGCUGAUGUUACUGUGGAUCUGGAAAAGUGGAUACUGACUCUGCAGCUCAAGGAGGCAAAAGAGAUUGCUACAAUGGCAUCCAUUUGUCUUGAGUGCUGAUCUAGUAGUAUCCAUUUUGAGAUGAGAUGGUCGUUGUUUGAAACAUCAGGGAACACUGGCUGUUGUCCUUGUCCCAACAAUUGAAGUGAGCUCAAGCGAUGAGCAAGUAAACAGAGCAAUCGCGUAUGUCCUUUUCGGAAUUGUGCCUGAGAUUUGUAGGCCUGCCAAUGCAUCAUGGCGCCUCCGAUGAGCCCAUGAGCCCAUGCACUUAUGAUAUCAUUGGACGGUCGAAAUCAUUCACUUCCCUGUACUGUAGUGAUUGGGCUGAAGCCCCCCGCAGUACACACCUUAUGCAGACUGUAUGCAAAUGCAGGCAGCAGAAAAAAUGCGAAGCUCCC